GAGCAGUUUGCCCUUCGACUGAGGUCAACCGUGAGCCAUCUCAAGUCAGAGCAGAUGAAGUCAUGCUGGCUCCAGUUGCCCAUCGCCCUGUCGAGCUUUGCUGCUGUCGCAAACACGAACGAGGGCUUCACCUUCCACCAUGCCAAGGACGACUAUGUGGUGCUGAAGCUGUGGCUGAGAGAGGGGGAGGAGGACAAGGUGCCAGACUUUGCCACCCAUCAGGUGGGCUGUGCAGGUUUUGUUCUCAAUGAUAAGGGGGAGCUGCUGGUCGUGAAAGAGUACACGGGGAACAGAACUCGGACCAGCUCGCCGGUCUGGAAGCUUCCGGGAGGCAUGCUAGACCUCGGAGAGUCCUUCGAAGAAGGAGCAUGCAGGGAAGUGUUCGAGGAGACAGGGAUAGCUUGCGACUUUGCCUCCGUCCUCUGCUUCUGGAACCGACAUGGUCUCACAUGGGGCAAGUCCGACCUCUACGUCGUGUGCAGGCUGGUGCCGAAGACGCUGGAGAUCUCAGCGGACGAGGAGGAGAUCAGUGAUUGCCGCUGGAUGCCCCUCAGUGAGUUC